AUGGACACAGAGUCCUGCUGGAUCACAACUCUACACAUGUGUCAGAGUUUGCUGAACAUCAAGUGGGCCAUCCUUUCUGUUAUGGAGAACCAGCUUGUACAGAAUCUGUCGAAGCAACACUGGAAUCUUCUACAGGACUUAGUGUCCGUGCUAAAAAUUGUAUGGAUUGCAACCAUCUUCCUGCAGGAGGAGCAGAACACCUCUGUGUCGUCUGUAAUUCCGUGUGUCCACGGUAUCUUAAAUGCCUUUACUCACUUUUCAGAAAAUAGUAGCACCAUUGGGAAAGCUUUUGUAAAUCAAAUACGGGUUGAGAUGUGUCGCCAUUGGGACAUGGUGAAUGAAGUAAACCUUUUGGCUAGUCCAGCUGUAGUGGCCUCUUUUUUUGAUCCUCGUUACAAAGAGUUGAGGUUUCUUAAGCCUGAAGCUAGAGGAGAAGUGUACAGCAAAGUCAUAAGUCUCCUGUCUCAGACCUGUGACACCCAGCCUGGGUUAUUGUUAGAUUCUGGGGUUGAAGAGACAUUUGACCAGUGUCUGCAGAGGGACACAUGUUCCCGUGUAAUGCAUGACAACUUGUAUGACCUUCUUCUUGGGAAGGACCCAACCGAGAUCAUGCCAGAAGCUCGUCAGCAACUGGAAAGCUACAUAGCAGAACCUGUCUGCAAGCGAAGUACUGACCCGCUCGUCUGGUGGAAGAGCAAUCAUCACCGAUUUCCAGAGCUUGCUAGGCUUGCCCAACAAUAUCUGAUCAUACCUUCCACGGCAAUACAACCAGAACGUGCCUUCUCUGCCAAACAGGGAACGAUGGAGCAGCGCAGAGUCGUCCUGGAACAGAAUUACAUGGACUUUCUCUUGUUUAUACAUCAUAACAUGGACUUAUUGGACCUGCCAAAAAAGCAAUGA